CCAGCGCCGGCCGCCUCCCCGGUCGGGCGAUGAAGUGUCACUAUGAGGCGCUGGGGGUGCGGCGCGACGCCAGCGAGGAGGAGCUCAAGAAGGCCUAUCGGAAGCUGGCCCUGAAAUGGCACCCGGAUAAAAAUCUGGAUAAUGCCGCAGAAGCAGCUGAACAAUUUAAAUUAAUCCAAGCAGCAUAUGAUGUGUUGAGUGACCCUCAGGAAAGAGCAUGGUAUGAUAAUCAUAGAGAGGCCCUACUUAAAGGUGGGCUUGAUGGCGAAUAUCAAGAUGACAGCUUAGAUUUGCUACACUAUUUCACCGUUACCUGUUAUUCUGGUUAUGGAGAUGAUGAAAAGGGAUUUUACACGGUGUAUCGUAAUGUUUUUGAAAUGAUUGCCAAGGAAGAACUAGAAUCUGUGUUAGAGGAAGAGGUUGAUGAUUUCCCAACUUUUGGAGACUCCCAGAGUGACUAUGAUACGGUAGUCCAUCCUUUCUACGCUUAUUGGCAGAGUUUCUGCACUCAAAAGAAUUUUGCAUGGAAGGAAGAAUAUGAUACACGACAAGCUUCAAACCGCUGGGAAAAACGAGCCAUGGAAAAAGAAAACAAAAAGAUUCGGGACAAAGCAAGGAAAGAGAAGAAUGAGCUUGUCCGUCAGCUGGUAGCUUUCAUUCGUAAAAGAGAUAAAAGAGUGCAGGCACAUCGAAAACUUGUGGAAGAACAGAAUGCAGAGAAAGCGAGGAAAGCCGAAGAGAUGAGGCGGCAGCAGAAGCUAAAGCAGGCCAAACUGGCGGAGCAGUACAGAGAACAGAGCUGGAUGACUAUGGCCAAUUUGGAGAAAGAGCUCCAGGAGAUGGAGGCACGGUACGAGAAGGAGUUUGGAGAUGGAUCAGAUGAAAACGAAAUGGAAGAACAUGAACUCAAAGAUGGGGAGGAUGGUAAAGACAGUGAUGAGGCCGAGGACACUGAGCUCUAUGAUGACCUCUACUGCCCAGCAUGUGACAAAUCGUUCAAGACAGAAAAGGCCAUGAAGAAUCAUGAGAAGUCAAAGAAGCAUCGGGAAAUGGUGGCCUUGCUAAAACAACAGCUGGAGGAGGAGGAAGAAAAUUUUUCAAGACCUCAAAUUGAUGAAAAUUCAUUAGAUGACAAUUCUGAGGAAGAAAUGGAAGAUGCACCAAAACAAAAGCUUUCUAAAAAACAGAAGAAAAAGAAACAGAAACCAGCACAGGAUGUACCUGGCAAAGAUUCGUAUCUGCCUGCAACUCACUUUCAGAUGGCUUGGGGAAAAAAGUGUGUGUUGGGAGAGAGAAGAGAUGGAGAGAGCGAGCACAAAUGUGCCAAAAUGUUGCUUGAAAACAGACAGAAUUAUGAUGACAAUUUCAAUGUAAAUGGAACUGGAGAAGGAGUAAAGGUUGAUCCAGAAGAUACUAACUUAAAUCAAGACAGUGCCAAAGAAUCGGAAGAUACUCCCCAGGAAAAUGUCAGUGUCACAGAGACCAUUAAACCAUGUGAUGAUCCAAAAAGUGAAGCUAAAAGUGUUCCUAAACCCAAAGGAAAGAAAACCAAAGAUAUGAAAAAACCUCUCAAAGUACCUGCUGAACCACAAACAAUGAGUGGUGUUCUUAUCAGCUGUACAACCUGCCAUAGUGAAUUUCCAUCUCGGAAUAAACUUUUUGACCAUCUAAAGGCCACAGGUCAUGCAAGAGCACCUUCAUCAUCAUCUUUAAACAGUGCAACAAGUAGUCGAAGCAAGAAAGAGAAACGUAAAAACAGAUAGAGAUUCUGCCUGUGCUUUUGUUUGACUGUCUCUAGAUUUUGAAACCAAAAAACUGAACUGAAAUCAUCUAAAGAGUUAAAAUUUCAGUGAUCUGCAAUUAAUUACAUUGUGGAAGAUUAUUUUUUAUCUUGUAAAAACAUUUUUUUGGUUUAAUAUAUAUUUUUAAAACAUUUCAUUAGUGAUUGAAUUCUACUUUUGCCAUCUGAAUUGACUUGAAUGUCUUAAAACAGGUAAAUACUGUAAAGUGUGUAUUCUUGAUGUUUAUUGGCUCAUGUGGACAGAAAUGUACAGGGAGAAUUACAUUAUUUUAACACAUAGAAGUGCUCCUUUCUGCUUUAUUUUCUGAAUUUCACAUUACUUUUACUUAAUGCUUUUGUAUUUUGUUAAUACUUCAUAAUAUGUGAAAAACUCGGAUCUUUUAAAAAGCAUCAUAGAUCAUUUUUCCACAUGACACUGGCUCCGACUUUAAAAAUUAUUUUUAAAUGACUGAUUAUUGAUUACUGUAUUUUUUUUCUCAAGAACAGUGAUAGGUAGAAACUAAUUGAACAUUUGUGGUUGUCUUUCAAGAAUAGUAUCUCUUCAAGGUUUUACUUGAUUUAAUUUGAUAUUUUACUGGUUUACCAGUAAGGUGUAUUGUUCAGUUUUUUGCUCCGAUUUGAAUUGUGGAGGUGGAAGCAAAUUAGUUUACAUGGCAUGUCCUCCCUAGGCACAGUGACAGCUGUAAAGUAUGACGGAACAAGGUAGCAGAUGGUACAGAAUUUAUAUUAUUUAACAAGAGAUGUGUUCUUCAUUGAGUUUUUUUCUUCACUAUUUUCAGAAGUUUUUGUUCUCUUUUUUUUUCCAUCACUCAAUGGAGAAAAACUUUGUUAAUGAAAGAUUUUGUGAUAGAGCUGAUGCUUUUACUGUCUAUUCUAUAGCAAUGAUGAAUAUUAACAAAAGAAAUAUGGAGAACUGUUAUAACUGAGUGUUAGAACAGUCGUGUACAUUGAUCAGUGUUGAGUCCAUUUUUAGGAUGGAUUAGUCAAUUCUUUUAAUUGGUCUUGAAAGUAAUUUUAAACUCACUGGCUUGAAAUGUAUACUUUCUGUACAAUGAAGUUAUUGCUUUCCAUAUAUCCUUGAAUCUUCAGAUUAACAAAAUGAACGAAUUUUCGGUUAUAGAUCAGCUCUAAAACACUAAAGUCCUUAAUGGCAAGGUCUUUUCUGAUAGCUUCAUGGAUAGUAUUGAUGAUCAGGUUUCUUCUGUGUUAUUGACUUAAAAAUAAGCAUUUGAACCUUAAUUUAAAUUUUUUUCUUUUCCAUUUAGAGAUAUAUUUUUUCUUUACCUUCAUACCUUUCUAUUUCUUGCUGAUUUCUAUCACUAAUUCCUUAUAAUUGUCCCUGCUCCCCUUCUUGAUCUCUUCAGGGGAAAUACUAGCCAGUUUUGUAUCUUCUGAUCUCUUACCCUGAGACUUCAUCUGAAUGUGCUCUGCCGCCUUCUUAUCUGAACUAGAUGAAUUGGCCAUAAUUAUGAAUAUGAAUAUUAAUGAACCA